CAAUUUUAUCAUAAAAACUCUAACUUUAUUGAAAUUAGUUUAAUUUGCUUUAGAAACGAAUCAAUUUUAAAUGUAUUUAUUAAUUCCACUUUAUUUUAUAUUAGGAGAAACUUUACCGACAAUACUUUUUCAUGGAUUGGGGGAUAGUUGCACCUCAUCUUUGUUUAAACCUUUUUUUUCUGAAAUCAAUGCUGAUUGUAUAGAAAUUGGUUCAGGACCAUCAUCUUCUAUCUUAUUGGGAUUUUUAGAUCAAGCUAAGGAUGCUUGUAAAAAAGUUUAGGAAAAAUAUUCUGGUUAAACAAUAAAUGUUGUUGGUUUAUCUCAAGGUGCAUUAAUUGGGAGAUAUAUUAUUACAGAUUGUGAUUUAAGUGGUGGAAGAGUGUCUAAGUAUUUAUCUAUAGGUGGACCUUAAAUGGGAGUUUCUGUGAUUCCUCAUUGUAAUAGUUAUUUAUGCUGGCCAUUAAAUAAAGUUGUUGAUUCAUUAGUUUACACUGAUUAUGUUUAAUAACAUAUAGGGCCAGCAGGAUAUUUUAGAAAUUAUGAAGACAUAGAGUCUUACUUAAAAUAUAAUCACUUUCUUCCUGAUUUAAAUAAUGAACGAAAUUCACAAAGUUUAAGAAAAAAAAAAGUAGAAAAAGUUAUUUAUUUUUUUAGUUUUCUUCGCUUGAUCAAGUAAUGCUUGUGAAGUUUUUAUAAGAUGAAAUGGUUCUUCCUAAAGAAUCUGCAUUUUUUGAAUCUGUAGAUCCUGAAACUGGAAGAGUUAUAACUCUUGUAGAUUCUGAAUUUUACAUAUAGGAUCUUAUUGGUGUAAAGCAACUAGAUCAGUAAAGAAAAAUUAAAUUCAUUGAAAUCAAUGAUUCUCAUUUAAGAUGGACUGAUGAAAUAACAAAAACAGUAUUUAUUCCAUUUAUAGCUUGA